GAGCGCGAGACAAAGUGUCGCAGGCGGCCCAUUCUCCGGAGCCGAUGCCCGUGCCCUCCAUCAGCGUCUCGCCCGUGCCGCGCCGUUGCAGCCGCCGCUAGAGAGGGCCUGCCGCCGCGCUGCAGCCGGCAUCACGCUCCACUCUUCCCCUUCGCUCGCCCUGACAACAACCCCUUGUUCGCCGUGUUCUUCGUCUUCGCAUUGAGCCCGUGGGUGACGCCAGUGCUGUGUGUGUUAGCUCUGCGGUGCUUGGGCCCCGAGAGCCGUCGCGCCCACGAACGCAUCGGUCUCCAAAAAAGAAGGGGGGGACCCACGGCCCCGUACGUUGUCCCCGUGCUGCACACUACCGCCGGCUGACUGUGUGGUGUUCCAUCCAGCGACUGGAAACCCGGCAACGAGAGUCCACCGCCGCCACGACCGGAUCCCGGCGUGCUUCAAUGGUCAUUCUGAGCAUGUCGUCUAAGCGCAAGAGUCCGCCCACCAAGCUGUCGACGGACGAGCUGCGGAGCGAGGAAGAGCAGGAGGAAGACGGGGCCCUGUGCGAAGGUGCCGACGCUGACGAGGAAGAGGAGGAGGAGGACGAAGAAGAGGACGACGACGAGACAGCCGCCAGCCGGCUCAGGCUGACCGCAGCUUCGUGCAGCGAUGGCGAAGCGCUGCUUUCCGGCCGCGCUCUCAUGGGAGGACCGCCCGAUCAGCUCAUGGAAGAGGACGAAGACGAAGACGUGGUCGCAGCGGCGGCCGAGGAAGACGGGGAGUACGACGAGCGCGCCGUCGCCCUCGACGAGUUCGACGAAGACGGCCGCUCUGAUAGUCUCGGCUCGGACGCCCUGGCGCACAGCCCAAACGGGAAUGCGUCCCACCACGGAAACUACGCGCCGGCGGACAGACUCCUUGGUUCCCGGCACACAGACUCCGAGGACUCGGACGCGUAUGGACCGGGUUCGCCGGCCGAGAACCUGACGACGAUGGCGUCCAUGGUAUCGCCGGUGGCGCACCAGCCGCACAGGCGUCGACAACAGCCGCCGCACCAGCACCACGCGCAGCAAAGGACGCCACAGGCGCCGCCACCUCCGCUGCUUCCCUCAACAUCCUCCGAGGGCGGAAGACCCAAGAAGUCCAUGGACGACGUACUCAAGAGGCUCACUUCCAAAAUGCACACCAUCGCAACGCUCAAUGAUGGAGCCUCCUCCAGGGCGCCGGUCGAACACCGGUCCCGAGGUGGAAGCAGCGGCGCGGACGCCGAUCACGGCGGCCGGAGGCGCGUCACGCUGCAGCUGGAAGGGGAGACACUGCGGCUCGCAUUGUCCGGCGGCAGCCUGAGGGACAACGAACGCCGGCUCACCGAGAUGAUCAACCAGCUGCAGCAGCUGCGAGAUCAGCUGCUCGUGCAGCAGAGGCUCCAAAUGACACAGCUGGAGCAGGAGGGUCUGGCCAACCAGCAUCAGCAGGAGGAGCUGCGGCGACAGCAAGAGCAACUGCUUGAGCAGCAGCAGAAGUUGCACGAGCUGCAAGCGCGGCUCAGUGGUCAGUACAUGGCCGCGGCUUCGGUGUCCAAAGGAUUUCUGCUGAUGCCCAUGCUGGAGGCCGCACUGCCCCGGGUGCCAGCGAGGCCUGUCUCGUCGCCCACGGCCGCGCAUACACCGCCCACGGCGGCCAUGUCUCCGCUGCAGCCGUGGGUGACGGGUGGAGCACCUUUUCUGCCGCUUUCGGGCAGUUCGCUAACGCCUGCUGCGCGGCUUGUGCCAGGCAACGGAGGAGGUCACUCCGGGAAUUCCUGUCCGGGCAACCGGACGCCCACACCCAGUGCCGCGGCACCGGACCCGGCACCCGACCUUGACACCCCGCUCAACCUCAGCAAGCCCCGAGGAAGCUCAUCGGGCAGCACUGCCAGCAGCGUAAGCGGGAGCCCGACGCCUGCAAGCGUGAAGCACGAGGCCAGGGACUCAGGCCGCAGCUCAGUAUCGCCCCGAGGCUUUCACCCAGGAAUCUCGCCUCACUCCGCAGCCAGCCUUCUCAGUGCCACUGCUGCCAGCGCCCCCAUAUCGGUUGGUUCUCCGUUCUUGACAGCUGCAGCAGCCUACCCAGGUCUUCCUCCUGUUCUCAGACAUCCUCCUGGUAUCCCAGUAUCGCUCUCAAGCUUGAUGGGCCACCCUGCACUUCCCUCCUACACAAGUAUGUGGCACAUUGCUGUCCACAACCUGCUGUCCGGUGGCGGCCUUGGUCCCAAGGAACUGGGGGCUCCCGGUUCCCUGGUGGGGCCGGACAAACCAUUUCCCCUGCACCUGUACCUGCCCCAGUCCACCGGCGCCACUGGUGGUGCUCCACCGCGGCCACCGGCCUCGUCUUCCGCUCCCCGCCGCGAUAACGACAGCUCAGCCUCUGAAACCGACACCAAAGGAUCAAGCAAAAUAGUCGGUGCUAAAAUUAUACGACAGACCAAGAAGGAUCCGGACGGAAAACCCCACAUCAAGCGGCCGAUGAAUGCCUUCAUGGUCUGGGCGAAAGACGAACGACGCAAAAUUCUCAAGGCCUGUCCGGACAUGCACAACUCAAACAUUUCGAAAAUACUCGGCGCUCGAUGGAAGGGCAUGUCCAACUCUGAGAAGCAGCCCUACUACGAGGAACAGUCACGGCUGAGUAAGCUGCACAUGGAAAAGCACCCAGACUACCGGUACCGACCGCGGCCCAAGCGCACCUGCAUCGUGGAUGGCAAGAAGCUGCGCAUCUCCGAAUACAAGUCCCUUAUGAGGGCUAGAAGGUACCGCGAAGGUGGGCUGGGUCUAUUGGACACUCCACCGAGUCUCGUCAGUCCGACCAGCAUGGCGUCGCUGCUGGGCGCCCCGUCAUCAGCGAUGACGUCUUCUCCGAGCGCCAGCGAGCUCGUCAGCACCCUGUCGGGCAAGAUGGCGCGCAUGCCGUCGUCCAACGGCAUCGGUGACUCCCACGGCAAGCGAUCGUCACUGUCGCCGGCCAGUUUUAUGGAAACCUGAACUCUGCCGUCAUGCAAUCCUCGCCCAGGCUGCGAGACCUGGAAAAAAGAAACCCAAGUUACGGAAGGGCGUGUUGGUGGUCACCUUCUCCCACGCCGCGCUGUACACCUGGACUUAUAUAGAACAAACCCCGCGAACGCGAAGAUACGAUGCCCACGAAGUUCUGGAAACGAGAAGUGUUGUUUGUUUCUCCUCCCAAGUGCAAUGUUUGUACGCAUCCCCCUGCCUACUGCCUCUUCCACUGUGCCCCCCACCCCACCAGACCUCAAUGUUCUUCUAUUUGUGCCCGCUUUUUAUUUAAAUACGCAGUACUGUAGUGUGUCAAUGUACUGUUCAUGUGCAAUGCAGAGGCGCCAAAUCGCCGCUGUGAUGGACCUCCUGCAGCGCUACCUAGAGUGCGUGCAUGUGUGCGUGUGUGUGUCUGCGUGUGAGCGCGCCUGGGUGUGUUUGUUUGUAUUGUUUUAUUCCUUUAUCUGACGGCUUUUUUCGGCAGCAUUCAGAGUUUUUCCUCUUUGCAUCAUUUUUGUCCCUUGAGAGAUGGAGGGAUGUGUGAUCUAGCUCUGAACGAUGAUGGGAACAUGGUGAGGAGGCAAGAAAAAAAAAAACUGGAGGAGAGAAUCACAUCGCCGCCAUCACCCUCUUUGUUUUACGUGUUGUGGUCCAUUUCCCGCGCUCAUGUUAUAUAUUGGACUUUGCAAUUUCGAAUAUGUGUAUAACCGUGUUUCCCCCUUUGACAACUUCCUUGUGGUUUUCUUUUAGAUAAGUUUCAGUUCAGCUUCAUCAUUUUUUUUCUGUGUCACACUUGUAUCUCAUGGCUGCAACCAGGUGAUGCUGGCCGUUGUUGCUAAUGGAUGCUUGCCACAGCGCGAGCACUUGUUCCUUCUACACUUCAAAAAAACAUGGGGCUGUUUAUCUUGUCCCUUUAUGUACAGCUAUUAUGUCACACCCAAGUGGUCUAAGAGGGGAAAUCUGAAGCAAGUUAGCAAACUCUGUACAGUGUAGCAAUCUAAAUGAUGUAGCACAGAGAUCGACUAAAUAUGGAGCAAGUGUUUGCAUAUAUAAGCAAAUAUUUGUUCCCCUUCUGGAAUAAUAUCAGUGUGUUCAUAGGUGUGACAUGAAACAGGCAACUUUCCGAAGAUGGUGAGCCCCUAUGUAUGGUGUCAUCUGUAACGGCUUGAGUGUCUGAGUCAUCUACCAACAAGCUCACUUUGCCACUCUUGUUAGCUUAAGUAGUGCAUUGAAAUGUGCAUUGUCAGCACAUAGCUAAACUGCAACAGUGUUGCCAUGCUGCCGCCUCUGCUUCUUCCUAUACAGCUGGGUACUUGCUAACCACGGGCAAAAAGAAACAGUUACAAGAUAUACUGUAAUCGAGACACCGAAUGCACCCCUUCGCAGACCGUUUUUAUCUUGGCUGUGUGGCAUUUUGCUGCGGUACUACCUUGAACUGCCUGCCUACCUAGUGAAGAUUUUGGACAUGGCAGGCAGUCAGUUUAAAGUUUAGGUGUUGUAUCUGAUUAUCGUGUCAUAAUGGGCCAUUGAAUCCCACCCGACAUUAUCCCAUGCCAGAACCAGCCUCCGUUUAUUGAUUUCCUUUUUAUUGUCGUAUGAACAUGCUCAACCAUUGUAAACAUACAAUCUAGUCUGUGAUGUUACAUUUGAAGGCAUGGCAUUAUUUUCAGUGUACAAUGACCCAGUUUCAGAUGUUUUCAGUGGGUCUGUUUCCUUCAUCAGUGCUAACAAGUGUGUUCAAAUGACUUUUGUUUUCGAAUUUAUCCGUUUUCUUCCAGUAACGUACAUAUUUUUUUUAUUUUGUCGCCAGCUUCAGACUUAGCGUAUUUAUGCGACUCGAGUAGAAAAAAAAACCUCACUGAAAACUUUCUUGAGGAGCUUUUCCACCCUAAUAGGCAUGGGGAAAUGAUAGUCUAUAACUGCUUUAGGUCUUUAUUGUAAGAAUUUCCGAGAUAUCUGAGUGAAAUCUCUGUACUAUAUUUCAUUGGUUUAUUGUUGUAACAAGUGUUACCCUCAGCUGGGGAUAAGUGCAAGACUAGCCUAUUGAAACUUGUAAACCUAUUUAUGGUGUUCUUUUUUUUCUGUAAGAUAAACUCAUGACAUGCUUAUUCAUCAUUCUUGUCUGUAUUGUUAACUGUGUUUUUAUUUUUCUCAUUUUUACUUAAGCAUUAAUUGUUGACUAUGAAAACUGCUCUGGCUGUCACACCAGUGCAUCCCUCAGAGACAGAAUCUGAGCUGACAUUAUUAAAGCACGCAAGUUGUUUGUGGGAUAUGAUCUUUCUUCCUCAUCUUUCUCUCCAGUUGUGUUAAAGUAAGUCGUACAGUUUUAAUAUGAGGGUUUAGAAAAAUCGAGGCUUUGUUCUCGCUUGUCUUUUUUGUGUGAAUUUUCCGGCGUAUGGUCAUUCAUAUUUAGAAAACACAAUGCUGGCGUUACGCUUUUAUGAACUCACUGAAUGUGUUCGAACCUAAGCAGCAGCAUGGUGUUUUCCGCGCACACCAUCAAUGUAAAAAAGAUAUACAAUAUGGAAAGCACUCCUCUAAAAUAAAGCGGCAGUCUGCAAAUUACGCUAAACCGUGCCAGUAUUUAAUUUUUUAGGAAUUUCUCACCUUCUGCAUAAUAUAAAUGUAAAAGCUACACUGCCUUCAACACAUGCAUCAUUAUAAGCAAACGUAGCCUGUCCUGGUGUUAGAAAUUAUUCGAGAGUUCCAUCAGAUUGUCAGCCAUUUCCAGUUUUAGAAUUGCAGGUAGCUACUUUUAAACUGAAGAAACAUCUGUGACCUUAUCUGUACAUGGCACACUCGCAAUAUUCUUACUUUUUUUAACAAAGCGUAAUCUCUAGACGCACCUUUUUUGUGAGCCGUGUUAUUUUCUCGCAAUGCUGUACUACGUCGUAAGUAACUGAUGUCAGCACAACCAUGUUCACAGUCCUCGAGACGCUAGUCGUGAAGGAGAUGCCACUCAAGUUUCACGCAUCUACCUGCCUACUCACUGUCUUCAUAACUGAACCCUUCACUGUUCCACAAACAACUCUUCGUUAAAACUGACAUUUAUUUUUUAUUUAACCUACCGGUGGAGUUCUCAUAAAGUAUUGUUUCGAAAUCUCAUUUUGGAGCAGUAUUUAUUGCGGGUGUUCUCUCUGGAUUGCUAGAUGCAGCCGACAUGUCUGUUGACCAGAAACGUGUGGUUGGAUAGCAGUAGAAAACAGUGACUUGUUACUGUAUGUUAGAUUUUAAAACCUUGCAAGUGUGGUUGUCAACUGCAACAAAGCGUAUGUGCACCUGAGAGUCGGAAAGCUGAUCUGAUGUAGAAAAAAAAUACCUUGCACAUCUCCUUAAAGAGGUUGAGUGCCCUUCCUUGCAUAAAUGAUUUCAACACUGUUUACUAUGUGUACAUUAUAGACCAAUUAAAACCGCAAAGAAAACUUCAA